CAUCAAUUUUCUCUUCAAAUAAUUGUAAUCUAAAGCGACAGGAUAGAAUUUCUUAUUUGGUGAUACAUUUGAGUUUGAUUGUCUUCAACCUCUGUUUUUGAGGUCAGCAGUCGCUGGGCCAUGGCAAAAAUCGGCAAAACCAACACUACCCACUUUUCCUCUCUACCUUCCACUUCAAGCCUGUGCAUAUAAGCCUCUGUUUCACUCAUACUUCCAAUCUCCAUCACUGCUUUUUAGCUUUCUUGGUUUUCUUUGUCAGCUUUGAGAGAAACCCUUUUGCCUAAAAGGAGUUUGGGUCCUUCAGUUACCACAUCGAGGCUUUGAGCAUUGAGUAUGGGUUCAGGAGUUUGGUACAAGAAUAUAAUCAGCAAAAGGAAAGUGAAAGGAGAGAAAUCACGCAAAGCGAAGCGAUAUUCAUUUCAACGCAUAGAUGGCUGCAGAGAGGAUCUCUGCUCUCUCAGAGGGUGUCUAGCACUAGCCAAUGGCGCUUGUCUCGACAAUCAGGGCAGUGUCGUUCUCUCCAGAGAAUAUGUUGCUGCUAGAAAGAUUCAGACUGCAUACCGUGCACAUGUUGCAAGGAGAAGUUUUUGUCGAAUGAGAGGAAACGUAAGGUUACAGAAGCUGGUGCAGUGUGAUUCUGUUAAGAAUCAAGCACAUACUACAUUGGGUCGCCUGCACACAUGGACGAGAACUCAAGUCCAGAUUAGAGCACGUCGUGCUAAUAUGGUCAUGGAAGGCCAACUUAGGCAGAAGAAGCUCGAGAAUCAGUUGAAGCUCGAAGCCAAGCUUCAUGACUUUGAGGUGGAGUGGAGUGGUGGUUCUGAAACAGUGACCGAAGCCCUUGCAAAAAUACAUCACAGAGAAGAAGCAGCACUGAGAAGGGAGCGAGCUUUGGCGUAUGCCUUUACUCGCCAGUGGAGGGCCAACACGAUGCCAUGUUUUGGACCGAGCAACAAAGAACUUAGUAAAGCGGAUUGGGGAUGGAGCUGGAUGGACCGUUGGAUAGCUGCUCGGCCAUGGGAAAGUCGAGUUUAUAGCCCCAAAAAGGCACAGAGGGCCCGACAUCCGAAACUGAUCUCUGCUAACGGAAAGGCAGUUAAGAAAACCAUUUCCCCUGCGAGCAAGGCGCCAGGAAAGGUCCCACGGAUCUCUCCUAAUGGAAAGGUUACCAGAAAAUCCCGUAAGCUGUCUUACAACGCAGCUACCGUUAAAAAAGUGAGUGCGAAAAGUGAAGAGAUGAAAACGAAGAAUGCAAAGGAAAGCUCCUAAGCAUGAUGUCAAAAUGCAAAAACUGAAGCAGAAAGAGGAUUUGAUCUGAGCUACUCUCUUUUCUUUCUUACACUAUUGUAAAUUUUUAUUAUGAGAAAUUAAGUUAUUGUGAUUUACUUACAUGUGUAAAUAAUCAUUGAUUCUAUAUAUAUGUGUGUUGGUUUUGUACU